CCUCCCCCAGUGCUGCCCUCCUCCGGGGGGGGGGGGGCAAGCAGAGAGCUACCCCAAAAGGGUGUGACAUCUCCCAGCAGGACCCAGCAUGGGCGGCCCUGCCCAGACACCCUUCCAGUCCCAGGGGCCUGGGGGACCGCUUGUUCCGUGGGGUUCUGAAACAGGAGCAGAACCGUGCUGGCACCCGAGUGGGGCCCGAGGAACAGAAGCCUGGGUUGUGGCUGGACCUGCUCCACCCGGAGCCCCCGGCCUCCGUCAGCCGGCCGACUGGUUCACGCUCGGAAGCACUGGCGUGCCCCUGUCAAGUCCAGAAGCCUCUCCUGUUCCCCUAGCCAGGACCGACUGCCCCUCAAGAGUCCCCAGGGGCAGAGGGAGGCUGCUGAGUCCCAAGCUGGCGGAACGUGGGUGUCUCGGGUAGGGAGGUGGUGCUCCUUUUAUACCUGGCGAGGCCCCCAGAACCCACCAAUCUCACUGGAGACUAAGGGGCAGAGCCCCACGGCGGGGCCUUGGCAAACCCCACUGCCAGUGAGGGAUUCUGGUCCCCGCCUCGCAGGCAGGGCGGGGGGAGGGCCUGGCCUUCCUUCCCUGCAGCCCCCACAGCCCCCUCAGGACGGUGGGGCCGAGGAGGGAGGAGGAAGCAGGAGGCAGGGCCAGAGGCCCGCAAAGGGACCCUCGCUCGGCCAGGAGCUGCUCUCGGCCCCUCCCCCACACCAGACCCAGAUGGAACCCCCUGCCGGUGAGUGGGAGAUGGUCCCGCCUCCAGGGAACCCUCGCCUGCGUCACAAAGGAGGCCCGGAAGCCUCAGUGGAACCCCACCUGAAGCCACUGCUCUCCGGCCCUGGGAGCCCUCCCACCUGGCCCCAGCUCACGGGAGCUCUAGGCCAGCCCGACCCAGCCUUCUGAGACCUGCCCCUGGGACGAGGCCGCCCCCGAGUGACCUGAAGAGACUUGGCGAUGGGGAAGCCCGAGAGCCCGGUAGGGAUGGUGGAGAUUGCCGGCUGGUCGGGACAGAAGCGCCCGGGCCUCCUGGAGGGGGGGCUGCUGCUGCUGCUGCUGCUGCUGAGUGUCGCCCUGGUGGCCCUGGGCCUCCUCUACGCCGCCCGCGGCGGAGCCAUCCAACGGCCCCAGGUGAUGGGUGAAAUCUGCACCACCCCUGGCUGCGUGAUAGCAGCCGCCAGGAUCCUCCGGAACAUGGACCCGUCCGGGGAACCGUGUGACGACUUCUACCAGUAUGCGUGCGGAGGCUGGCUGCAGCAUCACGUGAUCCCCGAGACCAACUCCCGGUACAGCGUCUUUGACGUCCUUCGAGACGAGCUGGAGAUCAUCCUCAAGGGAGUGCUGGAGAAUUCCACCGCCAAGGACAGGCCGGCUGUGCAGAAAGCCAAGAUGCUGUACCGCUCCUGCAUGAACGAGAGCGUGAUAGAAAAGCGAGACUCGCAGCCCCUGCUGAACAUCUUGGAUCUGAUGGGCGGCUGGCCGGUGGCCAUGGACAAGUGGAACGAAAGCGUAGGCCCCAAGUGGGAACUGGAGCAGCAGCUGGCCCUGAUGAACGCGCAGUUCAACAGGCGCGUCCUCAUCGACCUGUUCAUCUGGAACGACGACCAGAACUCCAGCCGGCACAUCAUCUACAUAGACCAGCCCACCUUGGGCAUGCCGUCCCGAGAAUACUAUUUCGACGAAGGCAACAACCACAAGGUGCGGGAAGCAUACCUGCAGUUCAUGGUGUCGGUGGCCGCGAUGCUGCGGGCGGACAUGAACCUCCCCGAGAACGGCUACCUGGUGCGGGAGGACAUGGCGCAGGUGCUGGAGCUCGAGACGCAGCUGGCAAACGCCACGGCCCCGCAGGAGGAGAGGCAUGACGUCACUAGUCUGUACCACAGGAUGGGCCUGGAGGAGCUCCAGAACAAGUUUGGCCUGAAGGGGUUUAACUGGACGCUCUUCAUACAAUCUGUGCUGUCCUCUGUCAAAAUCAAACUGCUGCCAGAUGAGGAAGUCGUGGUGUAUGGCAUCCCCUACCUCCGGAACCUCGAAGACAUCAUCGAUGUCUACUCAGCCAGGACCAUGCAGAACUACCUGGCCUGGCGCCUGGUGCUGGACCGAAUUAGUAGCCUGAGCCAGCGAUUCAAGGAUGCGCGAGCUAACUACCGUAAGGUGCUCUACGGCACGACCGUGGAGGAGGUGCGCUGGCGAGAAUGUGUCAGCUACGUCAACAGCAACAUGGAGAGCGCCGUGGGCUCCCUCUACGUCAGGGAGGCCUUUCCCAGAGACAGCAAGGAUGCGGUCAGAGAGCUCAUUGACAAGGUGCGGGCGGUGUUCGUGGAGACCCUGGAUGAGCUGGGCUGGAUGGACGAGGCAUCCAAGAAGAAGGCCCAGGAGAAGGCCAUGAGCAUCCGGGAGCAGAUCGGGUACCCAGACUACAUCCUGGAGGAGAGGAACAAGCACCUGGACGAGGAGUAUUCCAACCUGAACUUCUCGGAGGACCAGUACUUUGAAAAUGGUCUUCAGAACCUCAAGGCUGGUGCCCAGCGGAGCCUCAAGAAGCUUCGGGAGAAAGUGGACCAGAACCUCUGGAUCAUCGGGGCGGCCGUGGUUAAUGCAUUCUACUCCCCAAACCGAAACCAGAUAGUAUUCCCCGCUGGGAUCCUGCAGCCCCCCUUCUUCAGCAAGGAGCAGCCACAGGCCUUGAACUUCGGGGGCAUUGGGAUGGUGAUCGGGCAUGAGAUCACUCACGGCUUUGACGACAACGGCCGGAACUUCGACAAGAACGGCAACAUGCUCGAUUGGUGGACCAACUUCUCAGCACAGCACUUCCAGGAGCAGUCGGAGUGCAUGGUCCACCAGUAUGGGAACUACUCCUGGGACCUGGCCAACCACCAAAACGUGAACGGGUUCAGCACCCUCGGGGAAAACAUCGCUGACAACGGAGGAGUGCGGCAGGCAUAUAAGGCUUACCUAAAGUGGAUGGCAGACGGUGGCAAGGACAAGCAGCUGCCAGGACUGGAACUGACCUACGACCAGCUUUUCUUCAUCAACUAUGCCCAGGUGUGGUGCGGGUCUUACCGGCCUGAGUUCGCCGUACAGUCUAUCAAGACCGACGUCCACAGCCCCCUGAAGUACAGGGUGCUGGGCUCGCUGCAGAACCUGGCGGCUUUCGCGGACGCCUUCCACUGUGCCCAGGGCACCCGCAUGCACCCGCGGGAGCGAUGCCGCGUCUGGUAGCCUUCGCCGGCCGCACUGUGGCCACGCCCACCCGCCGCGGGAGGCCAGGCGGCCCUCGCUCGUGCAGCUGGAGCCGCGGGCAAGGCCAAGGCGCACACGCGGCCGGCCCCGCGGGGGGCCUGGAGCGCAGCCGCGGCCCCAGCACCCAGGGCAAGCGGUGACUGCCCGGCGCCCUCCAUGCCUGCGGUGAGGGGCACGGUGCCCCAGCCCUGUAGACGCGUUUACCUGUCUGCACCCUCUCCAAACAUCCCAGUCAGCUGUCCAUGAGCUUCAGACUUGAGCUAAGUAAA